UAUCCAAACAACUACCAACUAUUCAUAUAACCUAGUUUUCCUCUAUUGGAUCUAUUUUCUUUGCUCCAUUUGCAUUGUUCUUGAGGAUGACCCACUCCACUAGCGGGUGACUCAUUCGGGUCGAUCCGAUUUCUGCGAUUUUUCACUAUUGUUAUUUAAGCUAUCAAGACUCCUAUCACUUUCCUAAUUUUCACCAGCACACCAACAUGGUUCAACCACAGCACAUUCGAAAACCAGAGUUUAACGAAAGAUACUAUAUUUGUCGGUGCACCGAGGGAUAUUCAUCCAAUUUCAGCAUCACGGCCAAGUAUAGCAAACAGGUGAAUAAGGAAUUAUUGUCUAAUGCAUUGCAUAGCUUGAUCAAGAAGAACAGUUGGUUGACUCAUAAUUACUUUCGAACCGAAGAUGUUCAUGGAUCACUCACUCGUGGGAAGAACUACGAAGUUCGUGUGUUAGAUAGUAUUAAGUUUUCUGACGUGGUUACAUUCCGGAAUAUAAAUACCUACAAUGAAGAAAUUGCCGAAGAAGUAAACAGAAAUAUGGUUCCCAUGGAUACACAGUUACCGCUAUGGAGAAUCAUCGUGUUUCACGAGAGUCUGGGGGAUCAAUUGUUGUGUAUUUACGUUGAUCAUUCGAAUUAUGAUGGUUUGGCCGUGGUUCAAUUCCAUAAAGAUCUAACCCAGGAAUUAGCAAAUGCAGAAGAGAAGUUCAUCGAAGAGAUUUUCCUGUAUCAAAGAGAUUUCGAGUAUUUACCAAAGACGAUUAUGCCGGCUGCGGAAAUUAUUACUGAUUUGUAUAUUCCUUCUUAUUUCAAGAUUAUUAGACACUAUUUGGAAAAGUAUGUGCCAUUCUUGGCGAAAUUUACCAAUUGGAUAACAAGUAUUUUCACGAGAAAGACGAAAUUCACACCAAACCUUGGUAUUCAACCACUCUUUCACACCAAAAAACCAGUGGAAAGGAAUCUAGAGACUAAGUUCAAAUUUCUCAACUUUACUCCUGAUCAAGUCGUGAAAAUAACAAAGUUCUGUAGAUCACAAGGUAUUACAUUAACUUCCUAUUUCAAUGUCUUAUUCUUGAAAACAUUAGAAGAAACUGUGUUUAAAGCUGUUGACCCUAGCUUGGAAUUUUCAACCAGUUCGUUGAUUGCUGUUAACGGAAGAAGAUAUUAUUCCGAGGAUAUUAAGAACUUUAGAUAUGGUACCAUGAUCUGCGGAGAUCAGGUUAUUCUCCCACCGGUCAAAGACGCAACCUCCUCAAUGAAAUACUUCCAUCAAAAGAUGGUGGAAAACAUCAAGUCAAAAGUCUCGUUCAAACUUGUUGGAAUGUAUAAUCACAUGAACUGUUGGGAGUUCUUUAAAAGGAAAAUCGGUAAAAUCGGAGGUAGGUUCACCUUGACUAUUUCAAACUUGGGCAAAGUUGAAAACUCAAAUUCUGAGUGUAAGCUCGAGAAAAUGUACUUUUGUCUGAAUUCAGGAGUAGUAUACAAUUUCCUUCUUAAUAUGACAACAACACCAAACAACGAACUCACUGUGGUUGUCGGGUAUAUCCCUGAAUUCGACGAGUACGAACUCGACGGAACAAACAUUAUGCAACUAUUCUUUGACAAACUCCAAUUGGAAUUCUUACAAUAUUGUCAAGCUUAACUGUCUUCGUCAUCCUCAUUUAUAUCCAUGUGAUUCACAUCCGACAUCCAACUAGUCAAAUCGCUCCCGUUCUGACUCAUCAAAUGCAUCAAUUGUUUAGAUUUCUGUAUAGAAUACUCCUCGCACUUCUUUAUAGUCCCACUAACAUGCGUACAUCUAAUUAUAACAUCGUACCCUUCAAUACGGGUAAUUAGUGCCAAUGCACCUACAAUCAACUCAAAGUGGCCUCGCCCACACCGAACUAUCCCCGUUGAUGUCUUGUUGGAGAAGUACUUUACUGUCAUUAACAUACCGGCACUACCCCCGCCAAAAUCUCCAUAGUGUAUCUGGAGACUUUUCCUGAUGGCAUUGGUGAUGGAUUUUUGAUUGAUGUCCAGGGAUGAGGUUUGAUGAAGGGAAAGUAACGCGUUACGUUCUGACAGGGAAAAGUUGGUAAAGUCUUCAUCACUGUGUUUAGGGUCGUAUGCGGGUGGAUACAAUAUCUCAAAGAGAAUGUAACGUUGUUUAACUCUAACCAUGGUUGUC